CAUAAACUGAAUAGAUAGAAGAAAGAGUGAAAUUACGGGGCCAUAAAAAAAGAAAAAAAAGAAAUAGGAUUUUAAGGGAACAAGAGGAAAAAGUCCAACCAUUACCCCACCUUGUUGUGUGUUUAUUUCAAUCUCAGUUCCUUCUUUGUUGCUUCCUCUCCAUUUUCCUAGAAAAAAAGAAACUUACAAACACUCGUGUCAAAAUUGAAUAUAUCUCUUCACUUCCUCUAUAUCUAUUAUAUAUACACACACAUAUAUGUAUAUUUAUAUACUCUAAAAAGCCAGAAGAGGUUUAUAUACUCUAAAAAGCCAGAAGAGGAAGUGAUUGAUUCUGAUCUUGAUCUUGGUCAUCCAUCAUAACGUCAUGGGAAAUUGUUUCGGAGUUCCUGUGAUUAACCAUAGCACUCCCGCCACCACAAAAUCCUUCAUCUCAAAUAAAUCGAAGGAUUCCUUAAAAAAAUAUGGAUUAGGAGCAACUAAAAGAAGCGAAAAACAAAAUGGAGGAGGAGAAGAAGAGAUUAGGGCCGUUGAUCAUGGGAAGGCUACGAUGACUGCAGCGUCUGAAAACGACAACAAUAACAGGGAAACGACAACGCGUAGCGAGGCUCUGCCGCUUCCCCCGAAUUCUGGGAAGAUCAUAACGCCGAACUUGAAGUCGUUCACGUUGUCGGAGCUUAAGAAGGCGACGAGGGAUUUUAGACCGGACACGGUGCUCGGAGAAGGCGGCUUCGGAAGGGUUUUCAAGGGUUGGAUCGACGAGAAGACGUACGCGCCGUCGCGUGUCGGCGUCGGAAUGGCCGUCGCCGUCAAGAAGUCCAAUUCCGAUAGCUCUCAAGGACUUAGCGAGUGGCAGGCAGAGGUAAAAUUCUUGGGCAAGUUUUGUCACCCCAACCUAGUUAAACUCCUUGGAUAUUGCUGGGAGGAAAAUCAAUUCCUCCUUGUCUAUGAAUAUAUGCAGAAGGGCAGCUUGGAGAACCACCUUUUUAGAAAAGGUGCAGAACCACUCUCAUGGAGUACGAGGCUAAAAAUAGCAAUAGGUGCGGCAAGAGGCUUGGCAUUCUUGCACAACUCAGAGAAGUCGGUCAUAUAUAGGGACUUCAAGACUUCCAACAUUUUGCUUGACGGGAACUACAGUGCCAAGCUCUCCGAUUUUGGGCUUGCCAAGCUUGGCCCCGUCAAUGGGAACUCUCACGUGACAACGCGUGUCAUGGGCACUUAUGGUUAUGCCGCUCCUGAAUAUGUUGCAACAGGUCAUUUAUACGUGAAAAGUGACGUGUUCGGUUUCGGCGUUGUGUUACUGGAAUUAUUGACGGGAAUUCGGGCAUUAGACACGAAUCGGCCGUCAGGACAGUAUGUAUUGAUAGAUUGGGCUAGACCGUCUCUCACAGAGAAAAAGAAGCUAAAGAAGAUAAUGGACAAAGGACUCGGAGAAGGGUACCCAAUAAAAGGUGCAAUGCAAGUCGCUGCGCUUAUAAUCAAGUGCUUAGAAUCCGAGCCUAAAAGUAGGCCAUCAAUGGAAGAGAUCUUGGAGACUUUGGAGAAGAUUAAUGCCAUUGAAAUAAACACAAUACAUAACAAAACUAACGUUAAACGCCAAGAGGCCGAAUCUUCUUCUUCUUAUACUUCUCAUCAGCAAUAUCACUCUCCACUCCACCAAAGGCAUAUCGGUGGCAAUACUCAUCGACACUAGUAAAUAAAUUACAAAGUUGUCAUCUUUUGUCACAAAUUUUUGUUUUUUUUUUUUUUUCAUUCUUUUAAGAUUUUUUUUUCUUGUAAUUUAUGAUAGAAGUGUAUCUUAUACGGUUCGAAUUAUGUAUAACAUGUUUGUGGGAUAAUAUAGGCCUACUGGCCGCUCUCGAGCCAAAUUAAGAAAUCAAGGGCAUCGAUGUAUUAUUUAUUAUUUUUGUCAAUGAGAAAAUAUUUGACGCUCUGCAGAUUUGAUUAGCUA